AUGUCUGUCCACAACUCCAAGCAUGCUGGCGGCUCCAGCUCUGCCACACCCGCCACAAACACCGCCGCCUCUUCCGCCAACAAAUCUGCCAUCUCUGCCGCCAAGAGCCCUGUCGCCGAACCAUCUGGCCCCGCAAGAGAGCAGGCGUUCGUCCUCAUGAGUGCUGGUCUUAAGUUCAACGCAAGUCUGUUGGUUGGACUGCCAUCCGUCAUGUCUCGUCUUGUGAACUCCCGCCUGGGCCGCACCGGACCUGCCGUGAUCGCCGAGGAGUUCGUCGAGAAGGCAUCGUGGCUGUUCGAAGACAUCCCUAAGGACAAAGCAUACCCUACAAACACCUUUGCGAUUGCACUCAUUCAGGCCUUGCUAGAGUCGAUGCGCCGUCAUCCCAACGACGAGCCUGACUUACAUGACCCUCAAAGAAGAGCAAAUCUGGUGACCAUGUAUCAAACCUCGCCUGUCGAGCAGCUUUUCGUUGCCUACUUCGUGCAUACGGCACAUUGCAUGUGUGGCAAACUCCACGAACUCGAAGUGGGAACCUGUCUGGUCAACGUGAACAUUAAUGGACGUAUCCAAGUUCCUGGUUACCACCGCCCGUUCCAAACCUGCGAAGACUGUGGCCUGGCUCUCAAACCCAGCGUGGAAUUGGUGCAGCGCCCCCAGUUCAUUCUUGUCUCAAACUCCAGCCGCGACCCUAACUCAUGCUCGGUAGAAAUGGGGGUGGAGUUGGGUGUUUCGUACGACUGCUGCGGGUGCAUUGGUCACAGCGGUGGGAAGCAGUUUGUGGCCUGUCCCCUGACCAAGAGUAGUGAAGGUACCGACAUGACGACGUCUGCCAUCGUGAAGAAUCUAAACUGA